GAGAGCUUGGGGUGUGGGGAAGGGCAGCGAUCCAGUUGGCAGUUGAGCAGGCUGCGGGGACCGAAGCGUGUCAACGGUUUGAGAUCAACAAGUUGAAGGAGGAGCUGAGUGUGGAGAGUUCCAGGAAGCGCCGAUCGAGAAGACGGUGUGUGAUAGCGCAACCAAAGAAGACAUGCUCAAGAACUGCGAUCGCAAAAAAACAGUGGGUACCUAUGUCGGAGCGGCGACGAUCUGGCCGAUCCCGAGUGCUGCAACGGCACAAACAUACUGGAAGGAGCAUGCGAUCUCAAUCGAUCAACCGAGUGAUACCACAUGUCCGGUGCAGCCGCAGACCCCGUAAAAGCGGGCUGGUUCGGGAUAGGAACAGAGGGAAGGGAAGGGGCGGAGUCGCGAUCAGAGCGGGUGCCGGGGUAGCGGUCGAUAUCCCUGCAACAUAUCUGGCUAGUUCUACUGGCGGUCGAAGGACUGAGGUUGAUUUUAGGCCUGGAGCCUCUCGAUUGGUACUGAUAGUUAGCACUAGAUACGAAGUGGCAUCUCGAUUCUCGAGGCUGACGUGUGCAACAAUAGCAACUUAUGUACCUACAUACGACACACAAUUCAAAACACAAAGACAAUGUCCGCUCUCAACACCCACCCUAGUAUCCACCUCAUCUUCGAAUACCUAGUUACCUGUCUGACCACGAGAACUCGAGAGAUGGCACA